AUGGCUACCGCUCCAGAUCCAGAGGAAAUCCUUCGUUCAACCAGAGGAAAUGAUAAUUUUAAGCGCAUUACACGACUUUUAAGUGGAGGAACCAGCCUAUUGAGGGAGAUUUUUGACUCCAUAUGUCCUCCAAGCAAUCUUCCUACGAUUCUCAGCAAUCCAGUAACAAAGAACCAGCUAAAAGCUGCAAAACUCACCAUGCCACAGUGGCACUGUCUUUGUCCUUCCCCAGGGGUGUACGGCAAGUCAGCAGAUUUUGAUGUCACUCUGCUAGUCCGUUUGCUGAGGACGAUAUGCAACCUCACACCUCCCACCACUGGAUGGGAUGCACUAUCAGCUACUGAAGAUCACAGUUCAACAGCUGAUAUAGCAAGAAUAAAGUAUUAG